CAGAGCCUUGGACGUGCUUUGUUUAGUGAAGGAACGUGAGGUCUGGAGACCUGGCUUGUCUUCUUUUUUUUCCCCUCCUGGAACUGUGGCUUAAUCUCACCACUCGAUCUCCUCUGUGAAAAUGAGAUGGUUGGACUCACUACGUACUUUUUGGAUUUUUUUGUUUUUGGUUUUUUUGGCCUGCGGGUAUUGGGAUCGAACCCGACCUUGGGGUUACCAGCACCACGUCGCUAUGUAAUUUUGGAGGCCUCUUUCAGAACUACUGUGAUGUCCACCUCCCGGGAUCUUACCUUUAUCAUUCACCUGGAUGGGGAAAGAAAUUCGUUCAGUAGUGACCAUAUUUUACUGAAUUGAGCACACCGAUGUGUAGUUAUGCCACUUGCUUUCAUUAGGAUGAAUUGACCGUGCGUAGAAUUUGUUUGCAACAUUCUUGAGGUCAUCUGCAUCUUCUGACUGGGAAAAGAUGGUCAACGUCUUGAAAGGAGUGCUUAUAGAAUGUGAUCCUGCCAUGAAGCAGUUUCUGCUGUACUUGGAUGAGUCCAAUGCCCUAGGGAAGAAAUUCAUCAUUCAAGACAUUGAUGACACUCACGUCUUCGUUAUAGCAGAGUUGGUUAAUGUCCUCCAGGAGCGAGUGGGUGAAUUAAUGGACCAAAAUGCGUUUUCUCUUACCCAGAAGUGAAAAUACAAGAUAUUGACCACUUAGGAAUUAUAAGCCACAAGUGCGAAAAAUGACACCACUUAGUAUCUUAUGUCACGGAUUAGACUUAGACGAUUGCUUAUGAGCAUGCUACGGGAAAGAGUAUGGGGUCAUUUUUUUCAGGAAAAAGCCCCUGAACUGAUUUUAUUGUACCCUAGAAUUUAAAAAAAAAAAAAAAAAAAAAAAUCUCUAACAGUUGGCUGUGAUUUGUCUUUUAUUAUCCUUUAUUUAAAUAUAAACAUAAAUGUAUUUUCUACAUACCACCAAUUUCAUAUAUUAAGAAUAUAAGAGAGUGUACCUUUAAA